AUGCCUAUAAAUGCCAGCCUGGUACCUUCAUUCCCCGGCAGUCCUUGGGCAUUGCUGGGCUGGGAGCUGCACCGAGUCCAGUCGCCCUCUGCCGAUAGCAUCUGGGAAGGCUGCUCCUUGGACCACACCAUGAGGGGGUGUCUGGGUUCCCCACUGGCCGUGUUGCUGCUGGCGCUACCCCUGCUGGAGGCUGCGGAGCAGAACCCGGGUCCCCCAGUGUCCAGCCGUAUCCUGGGAGGACAGGAUGCCCAGGAGAGUCAAUGGCCCUGGCCUGUCAGUGUGCAAGUAAAUGGCAGCCACGUCUGUGGAGGAUCCCUCGUCUCAACCCAGUGGGUGGUGUCAGCUGCUCACUGCUUCAAUCUCUCUGUGCCCUAUUCCCAGUACCGUUUGGUGCUGGGGGCGCACCAGCUCCUCAAUCCCUCCCCAAAUCAGAUCCUGGCCGAGGUGCAGAAGAUCAUCCCCCACCCCAGUUACAAUAGCAAGAGCUCCCUUGCUGACAUCGCCUUGGUGAGGCUGAAGGAGCCGGUGGCAACCACGAAGUUCAUCGGGCCCAUCUCACUGCCUGGGGCCUCCCGUCAGUUCCCCGUGGGGAAGAUGUGUUCGGUCACCGGUUGGGGUGAUGUUGGAGCGCACAAGCCAUACUCCAAGAUCCUGCAGCAGUUGGAGGUUCCCAUCCUCAGUACAGCGACCUGCAACGGGCAUUACAACCCAUUUGUUCCAGGCGCAGAGGUGGAUCCAGUGAAAAGCGACAUGAUCUGCGCUGGAUACAUGCACAGCAACAAGGGAUUCUGCAAAGGUGACUCCUGGAAUCCUCUGGUCUGUCAACAGGACGGCACCUGGUACCUGGCUGGAGUCCUCAGCUCGUUCAUGAACAGCAUCACGAAUGAAGUCAUCUGUUUGGAGGCUGGUUACCCCGGGGUCUUCACUCAGGUGACAGCCUUCGACAGCUGGAUCCAGCGGCAUGUGAACAGUGUGGGACCCGCUGCCAGCGCUUCUCCAGCAUCCUGA